AUGGAGAAAUACCGUCAAUUUGCUGACAGCUCAACGGGUAUUAAUCCCUUUGUACCUACUUGGGAAACUAAUAAAAAGAAGUGGAUUAAUAUUAUGGUGUUACCUAUACUAAUUCUACGAUUUCUAAUACUAGUACCUACAUCUAUUAUUCUUGCAUUAUUUUUAUCAAUCUUAGACCUUAUAUAUUUUGAUUAUCUUCGUGUAAUAUUUAGUUCAAUACUUGUACCAGGACUAUCAAGGAUAGUCUUACUAUUACUUGGUUGUAUAUGGAUCAAUGAAAAUAUAGAAACGAGAUUCAAUGAUUUGCAAUUAGAUAUUAGGAAGAAUCAAUUUGGGAAUGAGAAAUGUUGUAAAUUAGUAUUUUCAAAUCGUCAAAGUUUUAUUGAUAUAUUAAUAUAUUUAAUUUUAUUAAAAGAUCCGAAAUAUAUGUUUGCUAGAAAAUCAUGUUUAAUUUGUAUUAAAAAUCCUCUAGUAGCUAUUUUAUAUUCAUUAAAUAUUCAAAUUAGUUAUAGUGUUACAAUAUUAACAAAUUCUACAAUGUUCUUAUCAAAUUUAAAUAGCCCAAGAUCAGUUGUAGUUUUUAUGGAAGAAGCAAAUACUAAUGGUUCUUGUAUACUUAAAUGGAAUCCAAAUAAAUGCCUUAACUUAUCAACAAGAAAUAUAAUACUUAAUAAUAUUAAUUUAUAUAGAAUUUCUUAUUACAGUCAAUUUCAUUAUGGACCUCAAUUUACAACUGGGAAUAUUACAUACCAUUUACUUAAAAUGAUAUUCAGUUUACCCUUUUAUAUAACAGAAAUAAAAAUUAUUCCAAAUCAAUAUAUAUUUAAUACUAUUAAUAAUGUUACUUCUAAAAAUAUUAAUAAUCACGAUCAUAUUGAAAAUAUGAGUGAUUAUCUAGAUUAUUUAUUAAAUAUUCAAAGUGAUAUAAAUAAAAUACCUAUUGUAAUAAGAAGUAUAGAGGAUUAUAAGAAAUUUAUUAAGUAUUGGAAUGAUACUCAAAAAAAAAGUUAUAUAUAA